AUGUCUAAACCGGAUGCGACCCCUCUACCUGAACGCUCUUUAAAUCACCAAGCUGUAUUAGAGGAAGAUGAAUACACUGCUUCUCUUUCGCACAUCAUUGCGCGCGAUUUCUUUCCGAGCUUGGUUCACCUGGAUGCAACCAAUGAAUAUCUCGAUGCACUGAACUCUCGGGAUCCACAUCUCAUCGGCGCCAGUGUGCAGAGACUGGAGGAGCUCAACAAUACCCCGAUGGUUGGAGCCAGCCAUCGAGGAAGAGUGCCUCUCCAAACGCCAGGACAAACACCGUAUGCUUCCGGUCCUUCCGACACUCCCCUUCGACCGUCUCGCCUGGAUGGCGAGCCUGCAGCGAAGAGACCAAAGUAUGAUACCUCGUUGUCCUUAGAUAACUUCCAAGCGCGCUAUACGUCGGAAGACAACUCCAGUUUCACAGAGAUUCUUGACGAAGAGAAUCGGCAGCGAAAGGAAAAGUGGGCUUGGGCUUGGGACGCCCAGAAGCGAGUAGAGGAGAAGAAACUCAUUGCAGGUGUAGAGAGAGAAAGGAUGCUUAUAGAGCCUCCUCCAGGGUCGAAUCCGGGAGUCAGAGAGAGACUCGUGAUCGAACCUGCGAAACCGGUGGGUUUAAUAACUGCGGGUAACGGGGAAGAGACAGACGGAGAGAACAAGGACAUCAACGAAGGAAAGAAGGAGCUAGUCCUCAGGCAAGUGAAUGAAGGCGAAGAAGAAGAAGAAGAGAGAGAUGUGAUGGCCCCGAAGAAAGAUGACCGAAUCGCUGGUGUAGAUGGCUGGAAGUUCAAAGCUCGGAAUUCGCUUAUGUUCCCUCCUGAUGCCGACUCUGCUCCUUACCACCCAAAGCCCCAAGCCUCGGUUUCGGUGCCUAGCGGUGAAGAAAAGUCUAUUUCUUACGGGAGUACUCGACUUUCGGAGCAGGAGGUGUCAACGGAUGCCAACAAGUCUUUGAGUGAACCUCCGAGUCCGACUAGGAGUAGAAUCAUUGCCGCCAUCACCGGGACACCAUACCAUCACAGAGACCCUUCAUCAUCGGUUCCAUUUUCUCUAGUCCCAUCUCUGCCCUCGCCGACACCUGAGCAACUCGGUCCAGCAGCUGUAAAACAACUCAUGACCUGGGGAACAUUGAAUGCGACACCACGAAUCAUAUCUUCCAUCGACGACCCAGCUCUAGACGUUCCGACACCAAGGACUCCAUUUCACCUCCCUGCUCCGUCUUCGCGCGAAACUCUUUCACACAAACUUUCCAAUAAGGCAUCAAAAAGUCUCCGGGCCAAAGCAGAAUUGUUUGGUCUUGGGGGCACGACACCUGGCAUAAGAUCUUCAUUACAAGCAUCACGGACAUCAACAUUGGCUAAAGGAAGUAUGGGUCCACCAUCGUGGACACCUGGUCCUCGACGUUCAUCACAAGCUACCGGAAACCUAACACCAGCUGCAAAGCGCUUGCUUGACAGGACAAUGGGGACGGGUGCUCAGAGAAGAGCAGAAGCUAUGGAGAAGGACGCUGGUUGGUCUUCUGCUAAGGAAAGGGAUAUGAACAAGGUUAGAUGGACACCAACUCCAGGGAAAGGACGGUGA